AUGGCAGCCUUGACCGUAACCGAAACUAGCCUCUCGCAUGCGCGGAAACGACAUCGGACUGCAGAAGAUACUGUAGAGGCAUAUGAGGGAGAGUCGCCUCGAAAACAAUCCAAUGGAACGGUCGAACAUGCCGUACCGCUCCCAGCUUGUAGCUUACUAAUCCAAGAAGACAAGGAAGAACUCUGGAACUUGUAUGCACCCUCUACCGAAGCAAAAAUAUGGGGUGUCGCAGCUAGAGCUCUACGACAGCCCUCACCACCUACGUUGUUCCCCGAAUAUACCGAGCCCGGGGGUGCGGAGUACAUAUAUAGAGAUCCAGCAUUCUGGACGUCCGGAUUCUUUCCAGGCAGUCUGUGUCUACUACUGGCUCGACGGAAGAAAUACGAACAUUUAUUCGGCUUGUUGAGAGGGGAUCAAUGCGGUUUACCGCAUCUUCUGACUCUAGAACACGCGUGCAAAUAUUGGACAGAGAAUCUCCAUCGUAACGCAAGGCUCAAAUCGACGCAUGAUCUUGGAUUCAUGGUCAUGCCAUGGGCGAAAAUCGCUUACGAAUCGAACCACGAUCUUCGAGCUCUUGAAACGAUCAAGACCGCCGCAGAUACCCUGCAUUCUCGGUACAACAAGGAGUUAGGAUGCAUCCGGUCAUGGGACACAUGUGUGACGAAGAAGUACAACUUUCAAAACAUGGAGACGGACUACAUGGUGAUCAUAGACAACAUGAUGAAUCUCGAUUUGCUAUUCUAUGCCGCAUCGAAGAGCGGGAACACCGAGAUGUUCAAUGCCGCAGUGCAACAUGCUCGCACGACCGCUCGCACACAUAUACGGCCAGAUGGUUCGACAACGCAUCUGGUUGUGUUAGAUCCAAGAACCGGCAGAAUCAAACAUCAGUUGACCAAUCAAGGCUACUCGCACACCUCGUGCUGGGCUCGUGGUCAAGCGUGGGCAAUAGCCGGUUUUGCGGAGACAUACCAUUGGACACACGACGCGGAGUUCCUGCGCACAAGCCAACAGGCGGCGGACUUCUUCAUCGCUCGGCUAGAUGAUUCUGGUGUGGUACCAUGGGAUUUUGAUGCACGAGAUGUUGUGGGACCAGGUCAGCCGCCAGACUCUAGCGCAGCGGUGAUCGCAUCUUACGGCAUGCUGCUGAUUCAUCAAGCUCUCGUUGAACUGGGACAACCUUCACGAUAUCUCGCAGAAGCGUUGAGUAUAAUCCAGGUUGUGUGUGCAAAUCACCUCAAUCCAGCGGCAGCACUGAUUGAAACGAAAACCCGAAUCGAGACGGUAGAGCAUGGUCGUGUGGAGGAAGUAGCACAGCACGUUGACAUAGGCAUUGGAGAUACGAUUUUGAAUGGUGCGACGAUCAACAAUUAUGAAUUCGCACCAAGGAGAUGGGCUGAUCAUGGAUUGGUGUACGCGGAUUAUUAUUUCCUGCUGGUGGGAAACAAGCUAUUGGAAAUGGGCAUAGGUGUCCAGGUUCUAGCUCGAUAA